AUGGCCCCGUCUACCCCUCGAAAACUCGUCAAAUCUCCUCCUUCGAACGUUGCCCGAAGGACUCGAAGCAUGUCCCGGGUCCAGUCUCCCCCUCCUGCUCCUCCUUCGUCCUUCGUCCGCCGCCUUGCCAGCUCGGCUGGCCUUCGCCUCUCUUCCUUGUCGGCCGCUCUCCCUUCUCUGUCGGCGUCUUCCUCGUCUUCCGCGCCUCCCGCUCCCGUCGCCGGUCCAUCCUCGACUCCGGCCAAGAGAAAAGCUCCCUCGAAAGAGGCGAGUUUAAGAAGAAAAUCUUCCAUCCUUCGGUCUCCUAAGAAGAGACAUCGACGAACUUCUUCACCAAUAUCGGUGUCCUCUUCCUCUUCGUCCGCUUUGUCCUCGCCCACCCCCGCUCGCAAACGGGUACGGGUUGAAGCCCCCUCUUCCUCGCCUGUUCCUCGUCCGGGAACGGUAAGAACUUCGGCGAGUCUCUUGGCCCUCCUCGCGGCCCAACCUGGAAGGUGGGAGCUUGCUCCCAAGGGCGAAGAAUGUGAUCGCUGCCGUGACGAGCAAUCUCGUCACCCCGACUUCCCCUGUGUUCGUCCUUGUGGGACCAACCGCGGUACACGAUGUGCAUCGUGUACAUCAGGUGUCUGUUCCUUCCUCCCCCCUUCCCCUGCUAAACAGAGGAAAGUCUCGACAACUUCUCGCUCUUCGCCCGUCGCUCGCUCGUCGCCCCCCGCUGCUCGUCGUUCGGUGUUCGCGACCGAAUCUCCUUCGUCAUCGGACGAACUUCCCGGUCUUCCUCCUCCUCUUCCUCCUUCGGUCUCCUUCCGUGCCGCUGGUCCUGGUGCUCCCCUGUGGGAGCUGUCUCCUUCCCCCCCUCCUCGUGGUCCUCGUCCUCCUCGUGCUCCUCCCGUCGUCGACCUUCGCUCCCCGUCGCCGAUCGUUCCUGGGGCCUUCGUUGUUCCUGCUCCUCCCUCCCCUCCUCCUAUCACUAGUGUCCCUUCAUUGGCGUCGAGAUUAGGAGGAUUUGCCAUAGACCCUUCAGAUCCAUCCGGUGAAGUCGCGAAACAACAACCAAUACCUGUUCCUACCACAACACCUCCCUCCCGUCCUCGACCAGAAACCAGCAAUAAUUUAUUCGGCAAAGCUCUAGCUGGAGUCAAGUCUGACAGGGCUCCUGAACCAAUCUCUACUGUACCAGCUCCUUUACCUCAACCUCCGGUAGAACCAAAGGGAGACAGAAUGAGAAGCCAGCAUGAUGAUGAUGGUUGGGGCGGACCGCCUACAACUCAGCAUUUCACAAAUGGACAGACCAAUGGCAAUAAUGGACAUCUUCAACCACAAGACGGUCCCCAAGAUGAACAGUCCGACGCUGGGAUGUCCGCGGAUACCGGUUUAAUCAGUAACGAUUUCCAAGUGGAGGUUAAGUUGGUGGAUCAGCAGGCUGAUCCGAACUCGCCUUUGUACUCUGUCAAGUCUUUUGAGGCGUUACCUCUGCACGAAGAUUUGCUUAAGGGAAUUUACGCUUGCGGCUUUAAGAAACCUUCCAAAAUACAAGAAAAGGCUCUGCCUCUGCUGCUCAACAAUCCGUAA